UGGUCACCAUGCACGGCUCCAGCAGCCUCCUGGUGUAUCUGCUGCCACCACUGCUACUGCUGGGGGCUGCCCCAGGCCCCGCCAGGGCCCUCAGUGAGCAGGAGCAACACGUGAUGGUGGAGCUGCACAACCUCUACCGAGCCCAGGUGUCCCCGCCGGCCACCAACAUGCUGCAGAUGAGGUGGGACGAGGAGCUGGCCGCCUUCGCCAAGGCCUACGCGCAGCAGUGCGUGUGGGGCCACAACAAGGAGAGAGGGCGACGCGGCGAGAACCUGUUUGCCAUCACGGGCGAGGGGCUGGACGUGCCGCUGGCCAUGGAGGAGUGGCACCACGAGCACGAGCACUACAACCUCAGCGCCAUCAGCUGCGCCGCGGGCCAGAUGUGCGGCCACUACACGCAGGUGGUCUGGGCCAAGACAGAGAGGAUUGGCUGUGGCUCCCACUUCUGUGAGACGCUCCAGGGUGUUGAGGAGACCAACAUCCACUUGCUGGUUUGCAACUAUGAGCCCCCGGGGAACGUGAAGGGCCAGAGACCCUACCAAGAGGGGACUCCAUGCUCCCAAUGUCCCUUGGGCUACCACUGCAAAAACUCCCUUUGUGAACCCAUCAGAGGCCCAGAAGAGGCUCAGGAUUUGUCUUCCCUGGUACCUGAGGCCCCAUCUUCCCUAGCAACAGAAGCCUCAAGCUCUAGGAAAGGGGGGAUCGAUUCUUCCUUAGCAACAGAACCUCAACCCUUCUUGGUAACAGAGGUCUCAGGCUCCCUGGCAACAAAGGUUCUAUCUUCUGUAGAAACCAAGGCCCCAUCUUCCUUAGUAACGGAACACUCCCCUUUCACGGCAACAAAGACUCCACUUUCCUUAGCAACUAAGGUCCCUUUUGUUUUGGCCACUCACAACCUGCCCUCCUUGGAUAAGUGGCCACCUACCCUCCUCCCCAAAUCAACCCGUGAUCCCAUCCCCAAAUCGGCAGACAAAGAGGCCAGCAGUACAAGAAUGCCUUCCAGGAUCCCGGAGAGUUCUCUGCACCCCAAGAUAUCCUUGAUGGGGACACGGGAGCUGCUACCUCUCUCCCAGGAGGAGGGUGAGGCUGAGGCCGAGUUGCCUCAUUCCAGUGAGACCUUGGCCUCAGUCUUUCCAGCCCAGGACAAGCCAGGUGAGCUGCAGCCCGCACUGAAGCACAAAGGGCACUCCUCCUCCAAGUCCCCCAGCGCCUCUGCCACCGCCAAUGCCAUGGGCGGGCGCACCCUGGCCUUGCAGUCCUCCUUGCCAGAUGUGGAGGGCCCUGGAAAGCAUGGCUUCAGAUCAGGGUCAAAUGCGAGCCCUGGGCACGUCGGGGGCCUCCUCCUGGGACUGCUGCUACUGCUUCCCCUGGUGUUGGCUGGAAUCUUCUGAAGGGGUCACCACUCAAAGGUACUGCCAAAGACUACUUUCCAAAGUGACUGCACCAUUUUACAAUCCCAGCAGCAAUGUACAAGGGUUUCAAUUUCUCCACAUUACCAACGCUUGUCUUUUUUGAUUAUAGUCGUCGUAGCAAGCAUGAAGUAGUAUCUUGCUGUGGUUUUGAUUUUCAUCACCCCGAUGGCUAAUGAUGUUGAGCAUCUUUCCAUGUACUUAGUGGCCAUCUGUGUAUUUUUCUUUGGAGAAAUGUCUACUCAAGUCUUUUGCCCAUUUUUUAACUGGAGUAUUUGUCUUUUGAGUUGUAGGGAUUUCCUUAUAUAUUCUAGAUACAAGUCCCCUAUCACAUAAAUGAUUUGCAGACAUUUUUUCUUAUUCUAUGGGUUGUCUUUUCUUGAUGGUAUCCUUCAAACAUAAAAGUUGCUCAUUUUGAUGACUUCUGGCAUCAAUGUUUUUUUUAUUUGUGCUUUUGGUGUUAUAGCUAAGAAACCCUUGCCUAAUCCAAGGUCAUAGAGAUUUAUGCCUAUGUUUUAAGAGUUUUAUAGUUAAUUGUGUGAAUUAAAAUGUAAAUGUUUAUUUCUAGACUCUCAAUCAUAUUCCAUUGAUUUAUGUAUUUCUCUUUAUGCUAUUACCUACCACACCACCUUCAUUACUGUAGUAUUGCAGUUAAGUUUUGAAAUUGGUAAAUGUAAGUCCUCCAACUUUGAUUUUUUUUUCCAAGAUUGUUUAGAGUAUUCUACGUCCCUUGAAUUUCCAUAUAAGUUUUAGGACCAGCUUGUCAAAUUUCUGCAAAAUUUUUAUAGGGAUUAUGUAAUCCAUCAUUGUAACAAUGUUAAGGCUUCUAAUCCAAGAACAUGCAAUGCCUCUCCAUUUAUUUAGGUUUUCUUUACUUUCAACAAUGUUUUAUAGUUUCCAAAAUAAAAAUUUUGUAAUUUUUUUGUUAAAUUUGUUUAUAAGCAUUUUAUUUUUAUGUUGUUGUAAAUGAGACUGUUUCAUUAAUUUCAUUUCAUUCUGAUUACAAGCAUAUAGAAAUACAAUCAACUUUAUAUACCACAACCUUAUUGAAUUCGUUUGUUAUAACAGCAUUUUUUAGUGGCUUCCUUAGAUUUCCUAUAUACAUGACCGUGUCAUCUGCAGAGUUUUACUUCUGCCUUCUAACCCAGAUAACUUUUCAUUUUCUUGCCUAACUGCCCUGGCUAGACCCUCCAGUACAAUCUCAAGUAAUGGCCUGUCAAGUAAUGGAAAGGCCUGUCAGUUUUUUCUUAUUCCUGACCUUAAUGGGGAAAACAUUCCACCAUUUGGUAAAAUAUUAACUAUGGGUUUUUUCACAGAUGCCGUUUAUCAGGUUGGGGAAGCUCUCUUCUUAGGUAUCUGAAUGUUUUCAUCAUGAACAGAUGUUGAGUUUUAUUAAACACUGUGCCUAUUGA